UUGUCUCCUUUAUUGGGGUUGAAGGUCGCCUUGGAGGCGUUAAAACAGCUUUCGCGUGCGCCAAACGUCGAGACCAACGCGGCCGACGAGCGACACGUCAACAAGAUGAGGUGUCUUGCUGCUGUGCUGUCGGUGCUUCUGCUGGAGCUGUGCAGCCCGACGCUGCAGUCAGAUCCCCAAGCAUGGUUGAACGUGGCCCUGGGGGAGGUGGUCCCACCCUUGGAAGCGGCCCGUGACCCUGCCCCACGCGACCCGAUCUCCUCCUCCUCCUCGGCUGACUUCGGCGAGCACGCCAACCUCAGGUGGGUCCCUUGGAACGGCUCCCUCCCCGACGGGGCCGUGGCCAUCUUCAACGGCUACGCGGAGCGAACCGACUACGUGUGCAAGGUGAACUGCGAGGCGGGCUUCUUCACGCGCGACGCCUGCCACUACCCAUACGCCGCGAAGGAGUACGCGUCGACCGCCUUCGACGUGCUGGUCAACGUGGACCGCUUCGAAUUCCUGGAGUGGACCGAGGACUCGUACGGCUCGGUUCCAUCACACGCCGUCAGGACGUGCAGAGACGUCGACAUCUUUGUGGGCAAGAACAAGUACGGGCUCGGCAAGGUGGUUAGCAUGCACGAGGCUUUCUUCCUUCCGUGGGAGGGCGACGAGUACUGGUACAAGCGCUACCAGGUCCUGCGGGUCAACCCCGACGUAUACAGCCAGCACAUCUCUCACGUGGACUACGCUGUGGACCAGAUGAAGCUGUUCCAUCACCCGCCCGAGACCCUGCAGCUGGCCAAAGUCACCAACCUGGAGUGCCACGCCGUGCGCAAGACGGUGACGCUGGAUAAGACCAGCGCUAGCGAGAAGACCUGGGACACCGGCCGGGAGACCCGCAACGGCUCCGUGUCCACCAUGAAGGCCAAGGUGCCCAUCCUGGGGCCCGGCAACGUGGACUUCACCGAGGAGCAGACGGUCACCUUCUCAGAGGGGACCAGCCUGUUAGAGUCGGUGACCCACUCAGUCAGCGUGGAGCUCCUGGUGCCACCCAACUUCUGGUGCGGCGUCAGGAUGGACGGACGCAAGAUGAGAGCCGACAUCCCCUUUAAGGCACGGCUGAGUCGCACCAACCACAACGGAGACACGCACUGGACGUCCAUCACGGGAACCUAUGACGGCGUCAGCGUGGGCGAGAUCAACGCCGUGGUGGAGCGAUGCCAACCAGUGGCCGAUGCCGUUCCGUGCCUGGCCGCACAAGACUGAAACUGAUGUCUUGAGAAAAACUUAAAUAAAAAUUGGAUUUUUCAUGACGAAAUAAAAUCUUGAAGGAAUGUGGCUGGCUGUGUGGUUGUUGUUGUGUCUAAGCCACAAGGCUAAAUGGGCUCCCUCUAGUGGUACGUCAACAAAUGAAAUCGCAGCUCGUAGCGUUACACUUGCUUUGUCCAAAUUCGCAGGCUCCAAAGGCCGUCUUUUUUCCCCUCUCUCGGUUGCACGAGGUCACUUCCGAUGCCACUCAAUCGCAAUUGUUCCAGUCCCUGACCUUUUCCAUAUAUGCAGUCGUGAUCUUGAUUUCAUUUCCAAAAUGCUCCUUGAGCAACCUUUUUGUUCUUUUGGCUUCCACAGUGUUCAAAGGCUCUGAUAAACUGUAGAGGAUCUCCAUGAAAAAUGGCAUUUCUCUGUAUGGUUGCGCGGUUUGCAUAUGAACAAGGAGAGUCGUAGCGUCGUCCUGUUGUUGCAGCA